CUGGGAAGUGGAAGAAACCAAGUUGGACCAGCGGGUGCUUUGGGACCCCACUGGGGCUUUGAAAACGUCAAGAUGUUGAUUAAUCUCCUCAGCAUCCAGAGACUUUCCGUCUUAGUGUUGGUGGACAUCACAAAACUCCUCAUUGCUAUGGUUAGGGGACGUCCCUCGUCCUAGAUUAGAGAAGUGGGUAGCCUGGGUUCCCCCAUAGACAGAGGUAAAGAUUGAGGGGGCCCGCCCCGUGAUGUCAUCUCCCCCCCUUACACACUCCCUGUCUCCUUCCCCCCACACACACCCCCACCCCCAAGCUAAUUGCAUUUAGUUCACAGGGUUUGGGCUCCGACUUUCCUGAGUUUAGGGAGCAACGAGCACAGUGGCCCAAGGGGGUGCCUGCGGCCAACGGUCACCCCUACGCCUAGGACCCCUGGGCUGGAAUGAAGUUGGCGAUCUAGGGAAGCAAUUCCACCCCUUUGCUCUCCUCAGCCCUGCAGGGUGGUGAGUAGUUAACACCCUUCCUGACCUGUCCUUGUUUUGCGUCCCAGACUCAAGCGAUUGAGAUGAGCCCCGGGAGUUCUCCAAUCCUUCAGCCUCAAUAUCCUAAAGACAGCAGAAAGAAAGUGCAUCCGCACCACCCUACUCCUGCAAUAUCCCAAUGCCAUCCUCUCCUCAGUGAUCCUUCAGGAUCAAAAUCAAAUCCCAUUGGCAGCCCAUGCGUGCCUGGAUGAGAGGCUUUACCAUCCCCUGCCAGAUAGCUACAGAUGGAUGAAAGAUUACUCUAACCUUCCACUCUAUGCCCAUCUUCUCUUCUACCAUGGAGAAAGCUUUGUUGCCUCCGACUGUAACAGCUUACCCAAGGCCCUUUAAUCAACAACUCCCAGAACCUCCAGAACCGAGAUGUGUCUUGGAACCCCAGGACAGCCUUGAACUGGCUCCUGCCCUUGUGUGUGCCCUUUGCUGCUGCUUCGGAAUCAUCUACUGCUGCUUUGGCUACCGCUGCUUCAAGGCAGUGAUGUUUCUCUCCGGUCUGCUGUCAGGGGCUCUGGUGAUCUUCCUACUGUGCCAUAAGGAGCGGGUGCUGGAGACACAGUUGAGCCUGGAGGUGAGCGUGGGCAUCGCCCUUGGCAUUGGACUCCUCUGCGGCCUGGUCACCAUGCUGGUUCGCAGUGUUGGGCUCUUUCUGACUGGUCUUCUGCUAGGUCUGACCCUGGGUGCUGGAACCUUACUGGGCACUGAACCCAUCUACCAGCCCCGCUCAGCCUGGGUGCCAGUCGGCGGACUGAUGGGGCUGGCACUGCUGGGAGCCCUGCUCACACUUCGUUGGCCACGACCAUUCACAGUUCUAGGCACAGCACUGCUAGGUGCUGCGGUGCUGGUGGCCUGUGCUGACUACUUCUUGGAAGGACUGGCACUGGGCACUCGGCUGGGUGAACGCCUGCAGGCACUUCCAGAGUUGCUUCCUCUUUGCUGGUAUAGCUGGGUCUUGCUGGGGACCUGGCCAAUCUUGGGGGCUCUUGGGACACUGGCCCAGUGGAAACUCAUGGCUGAGGAACGUGGAAGCCACACCAAUGUGAUCUUGAGCCACCAGCGAAGGCAUCUCCAGCUCCUUCGGAUCCAUCAGCAAGAGGCUAAGAGGCAUCGGAACCCUUCUGGGACAGGACUGUGUAGAGGCAGCUAUCGGAAUCAGCUUCCCCCCAAUAUCCGGAGUCCUGCUCACAGUCCAGCUCCAAGUUAUCUCCAGAGUCUUCGUGAGUGUGAGCUGGUACCAAGCACCCAGGCCACAGGCCCCCACACUACCCUGGACCUGGAUUCUGACUGCAGCUCCACUGUCCUCCUUACCACACCUCACCCUGACCAGACCUGAGCCUAACCUCCAGUCACACUGAUACCCCUGGUGAGGGCAGAAGAUUGUUAAGUGGAUAGGGCCUGAGUCCAUAGGACCCGUACAGAUUUCCCUACCUCUUGGACUUGGGAAUAGGUUCUGUGCCCAGACCAACCCUUUUACAGACAGGCAGAGAAAAUUCUUAUAAAGAUAGGGGAGGAGGGAGACUGAAAGUACAAGCACCUACCUCUGUCCAGUAGUAGAAGUGCCCUGGUCCCUAGAGACACUGACUCCGAACCAAGGAGGUGUGCCCAAAAUAGCUUUUUAUUAAUUUCUGUAAUGCUGAGGUGGAACCCAAAGUGUUGCCCAUAGUAGGCAAGUGUUCUACCACUGAACUACAACCCAUUCCCAAAUACCUGUUUCCUUUCCUUUUAGGUUUUGGGUUUUGGUUUGGGUUUGGUUUCUUUUUUGUUUGUUUUUUGUUUUUUGGUUUUUUGUUUUGUUGGUUUGGUUAGGGUUUUGGUUUUUCAAGACAGGGCUUCUUUGUGUAGCCCUGGCUAUCCUGUAACUCACUCUGUAGACCGGGCUGGCCUUGAACUCACAGGGAUCUGCCUGCCUGGGCCUCCCCAGUGCUGGGACUAAAGGCAUGCACCACCACACCCAGUGAUGGUCUUUUGGCAGGAGGAAUGGCACAGAAAUGUUCCAAGAUCUCCCAGUCCCCAGGCUCUUUAUUAGGGGUAAUUGGGCUUCUGGUUAGCCUUUCUUCCUGGACCCUAUACUCUUGAAUCCUGCUACCUCGGUGGGGAGCUCCAUCUUCCAUGGUGCUUUCCCCUCUCUCCUCAAUGAAGGAAGACCACAGCAUCUGCCUCAGCUCCCCUCUCUCCAAAAGCUGGCUCCUUGCCCUUCUUCUUAGAGGAGACUGGUCUUGGGGGCUGCAUGGUAGCCAAGUGCCUUCUGUCUCUCAGAGUAGCUUUCUUCCUAAAGCAGAAUUCGGGCCCAGCCACUGACCGUUCUAACUCUCCCUCUUCUGACUCUUCUGACCAAGAUCUAGUUCCUGGUUUCCCAGACAUAUUAAAGAAAAUAUAUCUUUCCCUUGAGCAGCAAAUCUGUAAUGAGAGGGAGGAAGAACAAGGGAAUUCAGCAAUAAAAUGGCAUUGAAAAUUCAACUGAG